AUGGACUUGUGGAAGUGGGAUGAAGCAUCACCACAGGAAGUACCUCCAGGGAACAGGCUGUCGAGGCUGGAAAGAGCUGAGUUCGGCUAUUUCCGUGAAGUGGCACUCCAAGGGGACACGCUGACAGAGGAGACAUGCUGGAAAGGUCCCAUUCAGCUGUGGCAGUUCCUCCUGGAGUUACUGCAAGACGGGGCCCGUAGCAGCUGCAUCCGCUGGACGGGCAACAGCCUCGAGUUCCAGCUGUGUGACCCCAAAGAGGUGGCGCGGCUGUGGGGCGAGCGCAAGAGGAAACCUGGCAUGAAUUACGAGAAGCUGAGCCGAGGCCUGCGUUACUAUUACCGCCGCGAUAUUGUGCACAAGAGCGGCAGGAGCAAGUACACGUACCGCUUCGGGUGCCGGGUGCCCGGCCUAGCUUAUCCUGACCGCGCCGGGGGCGGACAGGGAGCAGCAACCCAAUAA